GGCGCCGCUCUGGCCGCCGUCUCGUUGGUGCCGGUGAGGCGGCGGGGCCCGGCGCCAUGGAUCGCAACCCAUCGCCGCCCUCCAGCGAGGCGGAGGAGGAGGGCGACGCGGUGGGCAGCACGGUGUACAGCAAGCAUUGGCUCUUCAGCAUCCUCACGCGCCUCAUCGAGCUCAUCAGCCCCGAGAAAUCCGAGCCCAGCGGGAACCCCGAGGGGAUCCAGACGGAGCUGGAUGAGGAGAUGGAGAACGACAUCUGCAAGGUGUGGGACAUGUCCAUGGAUGAGGACGUUGCUUUGUUUCUUCAGGAGUUCAAUGCCCCUGAUAUAUUCAUGGGAGUUUUUGCCAAAUCCAAAUGUCCUCGUCUGACUGAGAUCUGUGUGGGAAUACUGGGCAAUAUGGCCUGUUUCCAAGACAUAUGCAUGUCCAUUAGUAAAGAUGAGAAUCUCGGCCAGGUGUUACUGCAACGUUUGUGUGAUUCAGACUCUCCAACUCUCCUGGAAACAAGCAGGCUGUUGCUGACUUGCCUCUCCCAACCUGAGGUGGCCAACAUUUGGGUUGAGAGGAUCCGAGACAGCCCUUCAGUGUAUGACUGUGUUUGCUUUAUCAUGUCAAGCUCUACAAAUGUUGAAUUGCUGGUAAAAGUGGGCGAAGUGGUGGACAAACUCUUUGAUCUGGAUGAGGAGGUGAUGUUAAACUGGAUUAAAAGUGGCACUUGUCAGCCUGUGGGACCAUCUACAGAUGACUCCCCUGAAGAGCUUCCAGACUUUAAAAUUGUGCCUUGUAUACUUGAAGCAGCCAAACAAGUCCGCUCAGAUAGCCCAGAAGGACUUGAUGUUUAUAUGCAUAUCUUGCAGCUCCUCACUACAGUGGAUGAGGGCAUACAGGCUAUUGUGCAGGCUCCUGAUGGAGGAAAAGAGACCUGGACUUUACUUUAUGACCUCAUUUGCCACGAGCUCUGCCAGCCAGAUGAUCCGCCAAUCAUUGUGCAGGAGCAGAAGACUGUAUUGGCCUCUGUUCUGUCCGUGCUGUCUGCCAUAUUUGCUUCACAGACAGAACAGGAAUACAUCAAGAUGAGGAAAAAUAUGCCUCUGAUUGGGAGCUUGAUUCGUAUCUUACAAUACAUGGAGGGCUGUGGGAAGAGAUCUGUUGAUAACUCAAAGGAAUCUGAACAAGAAGAAACUGGAAAGGCUGAACUAAAGGAGGAAGAUUUUCAUUUGAAAAUUCUGAAGGAUAUUUGUUGUGAAUUACUUUCCAAUAUGUUUCAAGAACUGACCAAGGAAAAUACAUUAGAAGGACUAAACCAGGGACAUCUAAAUGAACAGACGUGUUCCUGUGCGUUCCAGAACCUCUUGCCCCUGUAUUUCACAUCAGUGGAGAGCUUCCUGGAAGUCCUGCGUGAGGCUGAUGGAACGCUUGCUGAAAAUCUAGAAAAACGUUUCCCAAGCCUGAAGGUCCCCACCUAAAAGAGAACAUGAAAUACUUUUCCUUUUUUGGAAGGAAGAUUUUUUUUGACUGUUUGUUACAGUGUUUCAGAAAUCAGUUUUUCAGUACAUGUGGAAGAAUGGGGCAACUUCCUUACCAGCAGGUGGCUUUUAAGAAAUGUAGCCCUGAUUGAGUAAGGUAUUACCUGGUCUGCAUGGUGAAGGAAAUUAUUUGGAGUUUGGUUCUGCAUCUUCCAUCCUGUUUGCUCUGGUGACGAAAGACUGUUCACUUCUUGUUGCUCCUGUGCAAAAUAGUGUUGUUUGAAUAACUCUUGGUCCUGUGCUUUUCAAGUUACGUUGAAUCAGCAAAAUGAAUUAAACACACAGGAGUUGUUCCUGACGUGAUGCUGGCAUUUUCCAAGUUGCUGCUGGCAGCAGAAAAAUGAACUAAUGGGAAGUCUCAGAUGUCUUUUGGCCAAGCGUUUUCAUGCACCUGAUGAAAAUAGAGUUAAAUUACACAGCAAAGGGUUGUUUUUUCUUCUUACAACAGUACCUUGAACAGCUAUAGUAACAAAUGUUUCAUCCUGCACCUUCAGAAUCUUUGUGUCUGAUACUGAAGCCUCUUUUGCACUACAGCGCUGAGUCCUGACAUGCAGGCCCCAUGCAUUUCAAAGGAUUGAGAAUGUGCUUUCCAAAGAUGUGUGCUGCAGCUUCCAGCCACAGCAGCCAGUUACCUGGAGUUAAUGAUGUAGGUUUGGUUUAAUCCUUGGCAUACUUGCCAACUUUUUGCUUUUUGAAAGUGAUCUGUACUUCAUUUUGGGAAGACAACACCUAUCACGGUUCUUUCCUUGUUUGUGUGUUUUAUGAGUCCUCUGAGAAGGACAUCAGAAAUGCCUUGUGAGCCUGGCUUUUCAAGGAGUUAAGGUGUUAGAUCACUUGCAGUCAGUGAAUUCAGUGUACAGAGUCUUCUAAGAACCAUGCUUUUAAUUACUUUCUCUUUAAACUACGUUUCCUUUUCACAUUCCUGCAUGCAGAGCAGCUAACAUUCUGUGUCUGCGUGAGCAGCACAUCAGCUUCAGGUGUUUCAGUAAAUAGGAGGAGAAAACAAUUGGUCUUCAUCAGAUUUGGGGUGUAAAGAGAACUAGAAACCAGAGCACAGAGAAUAACAGUACCACUGUACACACAUUACCCAACACUUCAGGUUUUUAUAGGCUUUUAAGUAUUGUGCUGGGCCAUGUUUUGUUUGCCCCAAGUUUCACGUACAUGUGGCAAAUACAGUAUCUGUGUAUGCAUAUGGACUUGUCAUCCAAACUUCAAGUUUUAAAAAAGAAAAAAAAAAAGCAAAAAGCACAUUUCAAUCUUUUCUUUGGACUGCCAGCAACUUCUGAAUUGUUGGUGUGGGGUUUGGAGUUAAAGAGUCUGAUUUGUGUUACCAAAAAGAAGUGCAGUGGUUUCUAUGAAUUUUUAUAUGCUGUGUUUAUUGGAGAAAACUGGUAACUGUGAAUAGGAUGACAACAUUUUUCAUACUACUUUGACAGUUUUGGGAUAUUUUCUUAAACCUUCAGAUUUGUAAUAAAGUUUCUUUUUUAAAAAAAGAAAUCCGUACGCUCCUCUU